AUGGUUCGAAAAUCUUACAAGACCGUCGAGACUGGCGACGACAGCACGACCGUCACGGCGCCGGCCUCGGAGGUCGAGGCACCCUCGACCUUUAGCGAUGGACUCCCACUACCGCAAGUCAUGGUCUUUGAUCUGGACUACACCCUCUGGCCCUUCUGGGUAGACACCCAUGUCACCGGCCCUCUGAAACCCACCAAAGAUGGCCUGGUGGUCAAGGAUCGCUACAACGACUCGUAUGGCUUUUACCCAGAUGUUGCAGGCAUCUUGGUCGCUGUAUGUCUUUCUAUACUCUCAACUGCACAUGCACAUAUACAUCAGCUAACCCGUCUAUCCACAGNNAUCAAAGAAAAGAAUCUAACACUCUGCGCGGCAUCACGAACCCAAGCCCCCGAACUCGCCCGCGAAAUGCUGUCCUACCUCCUCGUUCCCUCGUCAUCAUCAUCUUCUUCCUCUUCAUCACCAAAAGCGCUCUCCGUCUUUGACGAACUGGAAAUCUAUCCCGGAGACAAGAAGACGCAUUUCUCGCGCAUACACAAGAGGACGAAUAUCCCGUAUGAAGAAAUGUUGUUUUUUGACGACGAGUCGAGGAAUAAGAAUGUGGAGACUUUGGGGGUGGUGAUGAAGUUGGUGAGGGAUGGUGUGUCGAGGAAGGAAAUUGAUGCUGGGGUCAAGUUGUGGAGGGAGAGGAAUCAUAGGUUGAAGAAGGAGGAUUGA